GUGUAUAUAAGGGGUGGCAGAGCCUCCCCAGGAGGGCAGGGUUAGUUGGUGCUGCUUGCAUGGUGUAGGCUUAGGAGUGGAGGAGGAGGAACAACCACCGCUGAAGCCAAUUCACUCUCUUGGGAGACCCAUGGGCAGAAUCCGUUUAAAUGCUUUUUAAGAGAUCUCGGAUCCUCAGCAGCACCUGUGCCUCGGGGAGAUGCAAAAGCUCUGAAUUCACCGGAGAGCCCCCCUGGUAUUACACCUAGCCCCCCAGGAAGGAGACUUUGGAACUCGUGUGUUGCAUACUUAGAAACUACUUCCUACUGAAGGAGGCUUUAGAACUAGCAAUUCUCCUAGAUCUGGACGAUGAGUGGGUACUUGGAUGAAUCAGAGUUUAUGAUGGUGGAGGAGGGCUUCACCACCAGAGACCUCCUUGAGAACCUCCUCAUGGAAGUCUCCCAGACGAGCGACAAAGGGGCCUUUUUUGUGGCAGACCUGGGGGAUGUAGUGAAGAAACACCUGCGUUUCCUGAAGGCCUUGCCCCACGUCAAACCCUUCUACGCGGUUAAGUGCAACAGCAGCGAGGGAGUGGUGCGGACGCUGGCUGCGCUGGGGGCAGGAUUUGACUGUGCUAACAAGACGGAGAUUGCAUUAGUUCAGAGCAUCGGGGUCCCACCGGACAAGAUUAUCUACACCAACCCCUGCAAACAGAUCUCCCAGAUCAAAUACGCAGCCAGCCACGGGGUGCAGCUGAUGGCCUUUGACAAUGAAGUGGAGCUCAGGAAAGUGGCAAGGAGCCAUCCACAUGCCAGGAUGGUUCUGUGCAUCGCCACCGACAACCCAAGAUCCUCUGCCUUUCUGAGCGUGAAGUUUGGUGCCACCCUUAAGUCCUGCAGACACCUACUAGAAACUGCAAAGGAGAUGAAUGUGGAGAUCGUUGGCAUCAGUUUUCAUGUUGGCAGCGGCUGCCUCGACCUACAAGCCUUCCCUCGGUCCAUAGCAGAUGCUCGGCUGGUGUUUGAAAUGGGUGCAGAGCUGGGCUACAAGAUGCACUUAUUAGACAUUGGAGGUGGAUUCCCUGGCACUGAAAACUCGAAAGUCCGGUUUGAAGAGAUUGCAGCCACGAUAAACUCCGCCUUGGACUUGUAUUUCCCAGAAGGCUGUGGGGUGGAAAUCAUUGCCAAACCAGGACGAUACUAUGUAGCUUCCGCCUUUACCUUGGCUGUCAAUGUUAUUGACAAGCAGGACGUUCCCUUGGAUCCGCCUGGCUCAGAUGAUGAAGAGUCCAGCAGCAAGAAGAACAUCCUGUAUUACAUUAACGAUGGCAUCUAUGGAUCCUUCAGCUGCAUUUUCUUCGAUCGCACCUGCCCCAGCCCCGUCCUGCACAAGAAACCUGGCCCACAUCAUCCCUUGUUCAACAGCAGCCUCUGGGGUCCUUCUUGUGAUGGGCAGGACUGCAUUGCAGAUGGCUUGGAGCUACCAGAACUGCAAGUGGGUGACUGGCUGACGUUUGAGAACAUGGGUGCCUACACCAUAGCAGCCUCGUCCUCAUUUAAUGGGUACCAGCAGCCACGGAUCAACUACACCAUGUCCCGGGAAGCUGUCCGGCUGCUUCAGGGGAAGCUGCCACUACCAGAAGAAGAGGAUAGAGAGAGCAUGUGCACUCCUCUUUCCUGUGGCUGGGAAAUCACAGAUACCUUGUGCAUUACCCCUGUCUUCACUCCAGCUAGAAUCACGUGAGCAGCGCCAGCCGUGACGGGGGCAGAUCCUUAACCAAGAGGACUCUUGCAUCUACUCUCAUGCCCUCCUAGAUUUCUGCCCUGAAGUAGGACCUGUUUUACAUUCAUUGUGGUUUUUUAAGUAUGCAACAUAAAUCCUGUUCCUCCUGCC